UGCCUCUGACAGCCCGACAGCGGGGAGCAGACCCCCAGAGACAGGCAGGCACUCAGGGGCAUGGAGGGGCCGGCAGGCUACCUGCGGCGGGCCAGCGCGGCCCAGCUGACCCACGAGCUGGGCACGGCCUUCUUCCAGCAGCAGCUGUCGGCUGCCAUGGCAGACAGCUUCCUCGAGCACCUAUGCCUGCUGGACAUCGACUCGGAGCCCGUGGCCGCCCGUAGCACCAGCAUCAUCGCCACCAUCGGACCGGCCUCUCACUCGGUGGAGCGCCUCAAGGAGAUGAUCAAGGCCGGGAUGAACAUUGCGCGCCUCAACUUCUCGCACGGUUCCCACGAGUACCACGCUCAGUCCAUCGCCAACAUUCGGGAGGCGGUGGAGAGCUUUGCAACUUCUCCGCUCGGCUACCGACCCGUGGCCAUCGGCCUGGACACCAAGGGGCCGGAGAUACGCACCGGGGUCCUGCGGGGGGGCCCGGAGGCCGAGGUGGAGCUAGUGAAGGGCUCCCCGGUGCUGGUGACCGUGGACCCGGCGUUCCGGACGCGGGGGGACCCGAACACCGUGUGGGUGGACUACCCCAAUAUCGUCAAGGUCGUGCCGGUGGGGGGCCGCAUCUACAUAGACGACGGGCUCAUCUCCCUCCAGGUCAAGAAAAUCGGCCCAGAGGAGCUGGAGACCCAAGUGGAGAACGGAGGCCUCCUGGGCAGCCGGAAGGGCGUGAACUUGCCAGGUGUUGAGGUGGACUUGCCCGGGCUGUCUGAGCAAGACAUCCUGGACCUGCGCUUCGGGGUACAGCAUAACGUGGACAUCAUUUUUGCCUCCUUCGUGAGGAAAGCCAGUGAUGUGGCUGCCAUCAGGGCUGCUCUGGGGCCCGAAGGACGCGACAUCAAGAUCAUUAGCAAAAUCGAGAACCACGAAGGCGUGAAGAAGUUUGAUGAAAUCCUGGAGGUGAGCGAUGGCAUCAUGGUGGCGCGGGGCGACCUGGGCAUCGAGAUCCCAGCUGAGAAGGUUUUCCUGGCCCAGAAGAUGAUGAUUGGACGGUGCAACUUGGCGGGCAAGCCCGUUGUCUGCGCCACACAGAUGCUGGAGAGCAUGAUCACUAAGCCACGGCCGACCCGGGCGGAGACCAGUGACGUAGCCAACGCUGUGCUGGACGGAGCAGACUGCAUCAUGCUGUCAGGGGAGACUGCCAAGGGCCGAUUUCCCGUGGAGGCAGUAAAGAUGCAGCACGCGAUUGCCCGGGAGGCAGAGGCUGCCGUGUACCACCGGCAGCUGUUUGAGGAACUGCGCCGGGCAGCACCCCUGAGCCGAGACCCCACUGAGGUCACCGCCAUAGGCGCGGUGGAGGCCGCCUUCAAGUGCUGUGCUGCCGCCAUCAUCGUGCUGACCACGACUGGCCGCUCAGCACAGCUGCUGUCUCGGUACCGACCUCGGGCAGCGGUCAUUGCUGUUACCCGCUCUGCCCAGGCUGCCCGGCAGGCCCACCUGUGCCGAGGGGUCUUCCCCUUACUCUACAGUGAACCUCCAGAGGCCAUCUGGGCAGACGAUGUGGAUCGCCGGGUCCAAUUUGGCAUUGAAAGUGGAAAGCUCCGUGGCUUCCUCCGCGUGGGAGACCUGGUGAUCGUGGUGACGGGCUGGCGCCCUGGCUCUGGCUAUACCAACAUCAUGCGCGUGCUGAGCAUAUCCUGAGAUGCCACGCCCCCCUAACCCAGCCCAACCAGGACCUCACUCCCUCCACCCCACAGUCCCCCAGCUGUCUUCCCUGCUCCAGGCCCUCCCUGCCGAGGCCGCAUCUGCCGUCUAGCCCCGUUCCAGGGCGCCGCUUCCUCUCUCCCUUCCACGCAGGCCCGGAAGGUCUGUGUCCAGCUAAGCACAGGCCACCCGGCAGCACCAGUCCUACAUCCCCUGCGCCCAAUGCUCUCAGCUGGGCCCUAAAUACCCUGAGCCUCUAAUCCUAGCUUAGCCGGUUAAUUUGAGUCCCCUGGGCUUCCUGUACCCAGG